AUGCUUUUCACCAAGCCAGUAGUGGUUAUUGACAAUGGAAGUUUUAAUAUUAAGGCCGGGUUUGCGUGCGACAAUCAUCCGGUGUCCAUUUUUAGAACUACAGUUGGGAGGCCGAAGUAUCUCAAUGGAACGUAUGGUAAAAGUCCUUACGAGGUGUUUGUAGGAGACGAGGCCGUUAAACGGAAGUAUGACUUGGACUUAAACUAUCCUGUGUACAAGGGGAAGAUUAUCCACUGGGAUAACAUGGAGAGGGUGUGGCACCACGUGUUUUACACAGAGUUGAAGGCAGCUCCCGACGACCGAGCUGUACUGCUAUCAUGUUCCCCAGCAACUACUAUGGAUGACAAAAUCAAAUGCUGCGAGAUUUUCUUCGAAACUCUGAACUCCCCGGGUUUGUGUGUGAAGCCACAGAGUGUAUUGUCACUAUUUGGCUCAGGGUCCACUACAGGCAUUUCAGUAGAUAUGGGUCACGACACUACGGAGAUUUGUCCAGUUUUUGAAGGAGGUUCUAUCGAAUACGCCAAUAUGAACACCAACAUGGCAGGAUAUCAUGUGAGUGAAUAUAUAAAAGAUAGCCUCCUACGAAGACAGUUAGACCUCGACUGGGACAUAGACCAAGUGACCAGUUACUUGAGGAACAAUUAUUUGUAUGUGACCAAGAACUCCGCUGUGACGAAAGAAGAGUACAAGAAGACGUACAAGCUGCCGAGUGGCGAAGAAGUGGACGUCAGCGAAGAGGUGUUCAUGGCUGGAGAGUUAUAUUUCCAACCAGAGCUGGUGCCGAACAAUAAGUGGGUCAACAUAUCUUUACAAGAUGCCAUUGUGACUUCGAGCCUAAAAUGUGACGCUGAUCUGCAAACUGAAUUGUUUGAUGCUCUCGUUGUACACGGAGGUAUGACCAUACCAGGUAUUUACAAGCGGUUGUCUAACGAACUUAAAUCGAUACUAAAUAGACCUGUGAAUGUUAUACAAUCUACGGAGCCAUAUGCAGUGGCUUGGUUGGGUGGAGCAGUUUUUGCAGGAUCAAAGGAAUCGCAAAAUGUGUGGGUCACUAAAAAGCAGUUUGAAGAGCAGGGAGAGAGAGUUGUGAGGAAUAGGUUCUACGAGUAA